AAAUCAGAGCAGCUGCACGGAAAGCAGCUGCAGGGACACAUGCUCUCGGCUCCUCUGUGUGUGUGUGUGUGUGCUUUGUGUAUAGCUGGAGGACUUCCCUCUUGGAAAUUCUGGGAUUAAUGACACAUUAAGCCCUCUCCAAGAGAGUGGAUUGAAAGAAAAAAAAAAAAAAAAAAAAAAAAGGAAAGAAAGAAAGAAAGAAAUCUGAAACAGGAAGGCAGUCUGAUGACUUUUCCUGCAAAGUUUAGAACUUCAAAAGUUAACUUCUAAGCAACUGCAGAUGCGUGGAUAAAAGCUGUUUUGGACAAUAUGCAGCAGCCCUUACCUUUCCACCAGCAUCUCCAACUUGUUGCCUACCUCUGCUGGAUUCCCUUGUUGGCCAUUAGCUGUGAGUCAGCUCCAUUAGCUCCCGAGUGCUCCCCAGCAGGACACCGCAUCCUCCGCAAUCCCCACCGCAGCACCAGGUAUGACUCACUGGAGCUGCAGCGAACGGCCGCUCAGGACCUGGUGUGUGACCACUCACUGCCACCAGCAUGGUACCGGUUCAUGAUUGACAAGAGGCCCGCAGAAAUGCCAACGAGAUGUGUUGAAAUGAACAAAUGCGGGACACAAGCUCCGGUGUGGCUGUCGCUGAGGUCUGAAUCCCUGCCGGCUCCUGGUGAGAUCAAGCACCUGACAGCCUGUGCUACCUGGCAGGUUUUUGGGGGCACCAAGGACUGCUGCUUGUUUCGGAUACCUGUUGCCGUCAGGAACUGCGGGGAGUUCUUUCUUUAUCUCCUGCAGCCUACUCAAGGAUGCAUGGGCUACUGCGCGGAAGAAAACCUCCCAAGCUUGACUUUGCAGCCAGCAAUAACUCCCGAGCUCAUGCAAGGUCAUGCCCACCUGAAAUGCACCUGGGCUCCCCCCAUCUCCACGCUGUCGGUGCAGUACAUGGUGGUCUGGUCACACCUGGUCACCCCCAGCACACGAGAGCAGAUCCGGCAUGACACCACCCUGCAGGCUUUUUCCUUCUUGGAGAUGAGCCAUGAAAAUGUCCGACUGGGAGACACGGUCUUUUGCACUGUCACUGCGUUUGCAAGGGACACUCCUGAGCAGCAAUCAUUGCCUGAGGAGAGCAAAGGUUUCUAUGCUGGGAUUAAGUUUUUACCAGAAUCGUUACAAAUUGCAGAAGAUGGCAAGGAACAUGUUUUGACCAUUCUGAGCACUGUGCCCAUUACCUGUUCUGGGCAGGAUGAUUCCUGUAAAAUCACGUUACAGCUAAGUACUGAAGAUUUGGACAGGCAAUUACCAGGGCCCCCAGACAUCGCCCUUUCGGCAUGCCAGGUGGACCUGGUGCCGGCGCCCUGCUCGGAGGGCAGUUGUGCAGCAGCCACGCUGACGGUGACAGCCGUGACAGACUUCACUCAGGAUGGGAACCGCAUCAGCCGCAUCAGAGCUGAGCCAGUCGGACGGAGAGAUUCGCUUUGGAGGGCUCACACACCAAAGGAUGUGAAGGUCACAGUUCGAGACCUCCCAACAGGGAACUGCUACUCUUUCACUGAUCCACACAUUAUCACAUUUGAUGGAUGGCGUUACGAUAAUUACAAAAUCGGCACCUUCCUUUUGUGCCAGAGCACAUCGCGGGCAUUUGAAGUGCACGUUCGGCAGUGGGAUUGUGGAGGCCACCGCUCCGCCACGGCCUGCAACUGCGGGGUGGCUGCACGAGAGGGGGACGACGUCGUCGUGCUGGACUCCUGCAAUGGCCAUUCUCAGGAAACUAGGCCACAGCUAGCCAUCCACAGCUCCGGGGCUUCACCACAGGUCAAAAUCCUAAAGGCCUAUGGAGGGAGAAAAAUAACAAUCCUGUUCCCUUCAGGAGCAUUCGUUCGAGCUGACGUGAGCGAGUGGGGAAUGGGCUUGACGGUGAGGACACCGAGCAGCGACUUCAACAGCACCAGAGGUUUGUGUGGCCUCUUUGAUGGGAUCAGUCACAACGACUUGAGCAAUGUGCCCGAGGAAGACUUCGUAGAAGAGUGGAGAAUACCUCCGGGGAAGAGUUUAUUUGACAAGACUCCAGUACCUUCUGAGGGGAAGCAAAGGAAAAAUUACUGCGGAUGUCAGAAGGAGAGCACUAAGUCUGUGUCCUUGGUAAACACGCCGAAUGCCUUUCAGACUCAAUCUCCUGGUUGCCAUUAUGAUAAUGUGGAUUACACUUCUGCAAUCCCAUAUCUAGAUGUUACAUCAGAGUUUGUCACUCACUCAGGCGAAGAGUCUGCUUUAAGAAAUGAUGGGAAACUGUCAGCCAAGUCUUUUGAUCAAAGAUAUCUGCCUAAAUCAGUCAAAAAGCGAGGUAGCCCCGAGGACCGAUUAAAACCCCUCGCACAUAAUGUUUCCAUGAAAAACAACAGUUUCCUUAACUUUACCAAGCCAACAGAACAACUACAGAGGGCAAAAAGGCAAGAAGACUACUAUGAGUACUCAUCCUUUUACCCACUGCACAGCCCAAGCCAGACAGACUCAGACAGCUUUGCCUAUUUUUUCCCAGAGGAUUAUUUUGAAGGGAUUCGAACAAAACUUCCACUGGGAUGGCCUACUCCCAACGGUCUAACCUCUGCCAAAGCUCGUGAGAUUUGCCACCAAAUUCUUGCAAAUUCCACCAUUGGCUUGGUGUGUAAGGCUCUUCUUGGAGAACUAAUAGAUGAGGCCAUUGAUAUAUGCAUUUUAGAUCUGCAGCUCAAGGAUGACAUGGCCUGGGUGAGGGCACUGAUAGCACUUUUGGAAAAUGAAUGCGAAAGACGAGUGCUAAGAAACAGAGGUAAAGUGUUUCAUGUCGGAAACCAGCCAUCUGCUAGCCAGGAGGAAAUCCUCACCGUUCUCCGGUGUCCUGCUUUCUGUAACGGCAAUGGACAAUGCACGAACCUGGGCUGCCAGUGCUUUGAAGACCACAGCUCCUAUGACUGUAGCAUUGCCAAGAAGCAAGCUUUGGAAAUCACGGUCUUGGAGAACGGGGGCCUCUGCGACAUCCGUACUUCAGACUGCACCAGGACCCGGGUGUUUGGUUUCGGCUUCACAGAUUCCCCCAACCUGCACUGCGAGGUUACCAGGCUAAUUCAUCUCAAUGGCGAAUGGAUAUCAAGAGAGCAAGAAACGACACGAGCAGAUUUUCUCAGCUCUGAGGCUGUUGACUGCCAGAUUCCUCUCCUGAACAUCACAGAGACAGAGGCUGUGCACUUUGUGGCCGGUGACGAGCCGUUCGCAAGAUGGCAAGUGAAAAUCACUAAUGAUGGCUUCCAGUACAGUAAUUCCAGAGUGCUGACCCUGUAUGACACAGUCUGCCAGGCCUGUGAAUCCCAUCCAACCGGACUUUGUAAAUUAAAGGAAAAUACUUGUAAUAUAGAUGGACUUUGCUAUGGUGAAGGAGAGUCAAGCCCUACCAGUCCUUGUCUUCUCUGUGAACCUGACAUUUCUAAGUUCACCUGGUCUAUUAAUGAAAACAACCUGCCUCCUGUGUUCCAGGCCCCCUCCAGCCAGCUGCUGACAUUUAUUGGUGAGAAUUUUGUUUACCAGUUAAUAGCAGUGGAUCCAGAAGGGUCAGCUGUGCUAUUCAUCCUAGAAGCUGGGCCACAGGAUGCCAGGCUCUCUCCUGCUGGCCUUCUUAUCUGGAAAGUGGAUUCAGAAGACAGGCAGACCUUUGAAUUCACGGUGUCGGAUGAAUGCAAUGCACAGAGCAGAUACUCUAUUGAGGUUCAAGUGAAGCCCUGCAGCUGCCUCAAUGGUGGAACGUGUGUUACCAAUAUUAAAUUCCCUCCAGGCCUUGGUGAAUAUCUGUGCUUAUGUCCAAAUGGAUUUGAUGGGGAGUUUUGCCAGGAAGAUACUAAUGAGUGCAAGUCAAACCCAUGUGGAAGCGGAACGUGUGUGGAUGGUGUGGACCACUACACCUGUAAAUGUCCCCCUGGUUUGGGAGGGCUUACUUGUCAGGAGGACAGGAAUGAAUGUGAAGAGAGUCUUUGUUUUCCUGGAGUGUCCUGUAUGAAUACCUUUGGAUCAUAUAUAUGUGGAAUUUGCCCCAGUGGGAUGGAGGGAAAUGGUAAAACUUGCAAACCUGUGCUUGCUGCUGACAUUACACAGGUUUUAGUCAUUGACAACAGCAAUGGCAAAGGUGACUUGAACAAGACUAAGGUUGAGUGGCCACUGCAACCCUUAGAGGCAAAGAACUCUCCUGUAAUUAAGAAUUUUAACAGAAAUGAUACACGUGGUCAAGUAGCGCCUCUGUCCCAUAUUACUACCUGUGCCAACAGGCCGUGUUUUCCUGGAGUGUUGUGUUUUGAUCGGAAACCCCCUUACAUUGGAUAUGUCUGCGGCCGAUGUCCACCAGGGUUUUUUGGAAAUGGUCGAAUCUGUAGCAAGGUCCCCAGACAAGAUUCAAGAUCUUCCCAAAGCCACUUGGAUAUUGCUGAGAGAAAUAGCGAAGAUGUUAGAAAAUCUCACCAGGAAGGCAAGACAUUAAGAAACAUAUAUUCCCUCCUUUCCCAAACCCAAAUUCCAAGACAACAAACUACGUACUUUAUGGAAAGAAACCACACAGUUGUUAACACUCCAGUCCUUACAAUGAAAAGGAAGAUUUCCCAGGCUCAGACAUUGGCAGAAACAAAAUCUGUUAUGGAGUCCACAGCACCUGAGAAACAGACUUUUCUUGACAAAAGAAGUGAUGCACACACUUUCCUUCUGCACGAGGAACCAGACCCCAGAACAGCAGCUGCCAGUGUGACAACCCCUACUGCUGUGCAUUUUAAGCAGUACAAACCAAGUCCAACAAGGACCGCUCCUUCUCAUCACAGCCCCAAUGUAAGCUCAUUCUUUGCAAGGCCACAAGCUGUUCAGCAACCUUGUUCCAGAUACAGAUAUUUUCCCAGGAAAUGGCCCAGUCAAGUCACAGCCUCAAGGACCAAACCCUCCCAAAAUUUCCCAACAGAGCAGCGAAGAGCAUCUCCUUUGGAAACACACCUCACACCCUCUUUUCAUCCAUUAGGUUAUUCCCUUGACACAGCUCUCCAGACUGCCAGCAUCCCACCUGGGUCUGUUCCCCCAGCAAGGCUCCCAGCUCAGACCGCAGCGCUCAGGCAGGCGUACAAGGCAGCGAUGGACCCUGUGGAACAGCCAAAAACCAUCAGUGGGAUGCGUCAGGACGUCAUCUGUGCUAACAUGCCAUGCUUCAGUGGCGUGCAGUGUGAGCCAGACGAAGAUGGAGGGUUUAAAUGUGGCUCUUGUCCCACAGGAUACAGCGGUAAUGGAAUUACGUGUGAAGUGCAGUGUGAUCCACCAUGUGAGAACGGAGGCACUUGUGUAGCUCGAAAUACUUGUUCUUGUGCUUAUGGAUUUGUUGGUCCUCGAUGUGAAACAAUGGUGUGUAACAGACACUGCCAUAAUGGUGGGGUCUGUGUGUCGCCAGAUGAGUGCAAAUGCAAAAGUGGAUGGAGCAGCCCAUCUUGCGAAAUCGCUGUGUGCAAUCCCCUGUGCUUAAAUGGAGGAAUCUGUGUACGGCCAAACACGUGUGUGUGUCCUUAUGGAUUCUACGGGUCACAGUGCCAAAGAGCUGUUUGCAUUCCUCCUUGUAAGAACGGUGGGCACUGUGUUCGAACCAACGUCUGCUCCUGUACCGAGGGCUACACUGGAAGAAGGUGUCAGAAAAGUGUCUGUGAUCCCAUGUGCAUGAACGGAGGGAAGUGUGUAAGCCCAAAUGUCUGUGACUGCCCAUCUGGCUGGAGGGGGAAGCACUGUAAUAAACCUGUUUGCCUGCAGAAAUGCCUGAACGGUGGCGAAUGUAUAGGUCCAAACAUCUGUGAGUGCUCUGAAGGAUGGGUAGGAAUGCUGUGCCAGACCCCAAUUUGUGAGCAAAAAUGUCUGUUUGGAAGCAGAUGCAUAAGACCAAAUGUCUGCGCUUGCAGAAGUGGCUACACUGGCUCAGCAUGUGAAAAGAAGCUACCAAUAGGAUGAAGAUAACAUAACAGCAGGACAACGAAGACAAUCAUUUGGGUAUUGAUAAUCCGGCACUGACUGCAUUUUUUGUUUGGGAAGAUAUAGUGUAAAGAAAUUGCUAGUUUUCUCCCUUCUGCCCUCAUAUAAUCACACAGAAGAAUAAAAAACACUUAGCCACAUGUCAGUAGAACUAACUUUAUUUUCAAAACCAUUUAUGGCUAGGCUCAAAUUCAUGAGCUGCAGCUGUAAUGUCACUAUCACAAUGACUGCUCCUGACCACAAUGACAUUUUUAAAUGAUACAGAACAUUUACAAAGACUUGUAGUGCCCUGUCGUUCUGCUUUCAUGAAAAUCAGAAGGCAUUUAUAAGUUUCUUCAUUUCUUCCCAUUUUUUAAACAGGUUUGUUUAUUCACAGUCCAGAGAAAAAUAAAUAAAAAAGAUACUUCUUCUACUGAGGAAUUUCAGAUGCUACCAAGGGAAAGACCUCAAUAACAUUUAACUAACACUAACUCCAGUUAUUAUAAUUCAUCAUUCCGCUGAGUAACUGCUAAAGCUGAAUGCUUUAGUUUUCUAUGUUGCUAACAUGCCAGCAUUUAAUUAAGGAGGUAUCAAUACAAUGCCUGUUGAAAUGGUGCCAUUACUUGCAUCUGCAUCUGAGUCCUCCUUUGCCCUCAGUCCCUGCUAUACAUUACUCCUGAGCAAGUCAACUGCUUGACAUGCUAAAGGUACAUGAGCACCCACGUAGCCAUCUCACCUUAAUCCCUCCAAACAUUUUACAGAACUAGUUUUUGAAUCGUAACAUAGAUGCUUACUGAAAUCCUGGGAAAUCUAGAUGCUCUCAAAAAAAAAAGUCUUUAAGUCUGAAAAUUCAGAUGAUUAUUUUUAGAUUUUUUUGCCUCACCUUACUGUGGCUAAAAGAUGAGCAGCUUUUUAGAUCUGGGUGCUUCAUCACACGAUGUGGCACUGCCAUGGGAUGGGAUGGAGUGCUGGCAGAAAACCCAGAGAAGAGAUGGAAGGAGUGCAAGGAAGGGAUAAGGAAACCGAUUGUAAGUUAACUUGGAUAAAAGUGUUUUUAACUGUCACCACAGACAACUUUCAAGUUCAGUAAUGUAAAACCCAAACGAUCUUCUAGGCAUUCAUGCUAUCUUUACAUUUCUCUUACUGGAAGAUUCAGAGCAACUGUAGAUCAAAACCUAUGUGCCUUGAUGCAGGAAUACAGGAGUCUGACAUUCCCUCACUCUUCCAGAAGUAACUUUAAGCAAACAAUCACACAAGUAAGGAUUUUUUGAUUGAACCUUCAGGGCUGCAACAGUAACUAGAUGUAAGAUUUGAUCUGACCCUUGAUGUCAAUUUAUAAGAAUAAAAAAUACUGACUCUAAGACCUUAGAAUACUGCAAAUUAAGUGAUGAAAGCUAGGAAAACUGCCAGUACUAACUCACAGAAACAUUCCUCCUCUCUUUUGCCCAGUUCAUAAUAGUGGCUUUUUUUUUUUUUUUUUUCUCCAUGGCUAAAUUUGUAUAUAGCAAAAUGCUUUUAAAUGUAUCCAUUCUAAUGUCCAAUAAAUGGUUUUAUAGUAUUUGUUUCUGAAG